CCGCUCCUCCCCCCCCCCCGGCAGGGAAAGACGGAGCGGGAGGCGGAGGACGGAAGAGCCGGGAGAAGCCGCCCCUGCUGCCCCCCCCCCAAAAAACAGCCGCCGCCGCUGCGGAGAGAAGGGUCGUUCUCGGGAGCCGCAGACACGGUUCGUCCAGGGGGCUUCCCUCUCUGCUCAGCCCCCAGCCCCGUCCCGCCCCCCCUGGGCCCCAGCACUGCCAUGGCCGCCCCCGCCAACGCCCAGACCACCAGCAAGACCUGGGAGCUCAGCCUGUACGAACUCCACCGCACCCCCCAGGAGGCCGUCAUGGACGGGACGGAGAUCGCGGUGUCGCCCCGCAGCCUCCACAGCGAGCUGAUGUGCCCCAUCUGCCUGGACAUGCUGAAGCACACCAUGACCACCAAGGAGUGCCUGCACCGCUUCUGCUCCGACUGCAUCGUCACCGCCCUGCGCAGCGGGAACAAGGAGUGCCCCACCUGCCGGAAGAAGCUGGUGUCCAAGCGCUCCCUCCGCCCCGACCCCAACUUCGACGCCCUCAUCUCCAAGAUCUACCCCAGCCGCGAUGAGUACGAGGCUCACCAGGACCGCGUCCUGGCCAAACUCAACCGGCUGCACAACCAGCAGGCCCUGCGCAGCAGCAUGGAGGAGGGGCUCAAGAUGCAGGCCAUGAACCGGGGGCAGCGUGUCCGGAAGCACCCGCAGGAGUCGGACAACAACACCUUCAGCGGGGCGGAGGACAACUGCGACAGCCGGUCGCACCUCAGCAACGCCUCAGCUCCCAGCCAGCCGGAGGCCGGGCCCAGCUGCAAGCGCUCGCGGGCCUCCGACGAGUCGUGCGCCGAGCCCGAGACCUCCCACGAGGGCGGGCGGGGCAGCCCCGAACCCGGGGCCGAGUCCAGCAGCAGUGAGAUCGAGCUGGUUUUCCGGCCUCACCCCAUCCUGGUGGAGAAGGGGGGCUACUCCCAGACCAGGUACGUCAAGACCACCGCCAACGCCACGGUGGACCACCUGUCCAAAUACCUGGCCCUGCGCAUCGCCCUGGAGGAGGUCCCCGGCCCGGACCCCGAGCCCCCCGCCCUGGAGGACGUGAGCGAGAAGCAGUACACCAUCUACAUCACCACGGCUGGAGGGGCCUUCACGACGCUGAACGGCUCUGCGACUCUGGAGCUGGUCAACGAGAAAUACUGGAAGCUGAGCAAACCCCUGGAGCUCUUCUACGCCCCCACCAAGGAACAGAAGUAGCCGGGGUGGGGGCCCCAACCUGAUGGACAGCAACUGGGGGGCAGGUGCGGGGAGCGCCCCUCUUGCCUUCAAGGUGCCUCUUUUCAAGAAGAUGCUUCACUUGGGGGUGCGGGGAGCUUCACAUGCCCCUCCAAAAACCCCUCCCAAGGCCAAUUGGACGGGAAGGGCAGAGAGGCCCUGGCUUUUCGGUCCCCCCCUCCCAGGGAGGCCUGGGGGGGAGGGGGCUCCUGCCCUCCCUGCCCCUCUCCUCCAAUGGGGGGGGAGGAGAAGGAGCAAUGGGGGGGGGGCGAAGUUUUUGUUUCCUGCCUUUUUACAGCUGUUUUUGUGGAACUGACGACAAUAUUUGCUCCUUUGAACCCC